AUGGCAUCGUCGAAUGCAUCUAUGCUGAAAUGGCAGAUAGCGUUAGGUUUGGGUGCCAUGGGGGCUGUAGGCUUGGCCUAUUGGUACAUGAAAGCAAGCAAUAAAAAACAAAUAUUACAGACCAUAGAAGAAACUGGGAGCGCUGUCGAAGUAGAAGAAAGCGAUUUUGAAAGAGCGCAACGAUAUAAAACCGAAGGAAAUGAAAUGUUUAAAAGGGGUAAGUACGAUGAGGCUAUAAGUUUGUACAAUCAAGCCAUAGAGGCCAUUCCUGAAGAAUACAAAACGGAUUUGGCAACAUACUACCAAAACAGAGCUGCAGCAUACGAACACUUAAAAAAGUGGAGCAGUGUUAUUGCCGAUUGCACCAAAGCUAUUGAACUUAACAAUAAAUAUGAGAAGGCCCUCUUCAGACGGGCUAAAGCCGAAGAAAUGGUAAAAGACUGGGAGAGCGCUUUAGAUGAUAUAACUUCAGUGUGUAUACUACAAAAUUUUGGCAAUCAAAGUGCUCUUUUGAUGGCUGAUAGAGUUUUAAAGGAGUUGGGCAAAAAAAAUGCUGCUGAGGAGAUGAAAAACAGAAAACCUGUCACGCCAUCAAAUAAUUUUAUCAAGACGUAUUUUUCGUCAUUCUCUGAAGAUCCAGCUUAUAAGAAGUUGAUGGAUGUAAGCGAACCCAUGGGUGAUGGAGACUUGAAAGGAUUUUUAAAGGCCAAGCUUGCAUUUGCCACGGAAACAUACGAAGACAUAAUCCCAGCGUGCACGGAAGAAAUAAACUUCAGCGAAUCAGAAUCGAACUACAAACUAGAGGCUCUAUCGCUAAGAGCGUCGUUUUACUUCCUUAAAGGCCAAUUCAAAGAGGCCACGGAAGAUUUGAACGUCAUAAUAGACAGCAAAGACGCCUCCACCGAAAUGGCGGUGAACGCUUUGAUAAAAAGAUCGUCCAUAUACAUGCAGUCCGAAAAGUUGAACGAAUGUUUGGAAGACUUCGAUUUGGCAGCGCAAAAGGGGCCCAACAUAAGCGAUGUUUUCCACCACAGGGGUCAGGUCAAGCUGUUGAUGGAGAGGACGGAAGAGGCGAGACAAGACUUCCAAAAAGCUGUCAAGUUGAACCCGAAUUUCGCCAUAGCCUUCAUACAAAAGUGCUACUCGGACUACAGAUACGCCAUGCAGACGCAAGAUGUCACUCUGUUGAUGGAGAGUUUAAGUGGGUUCCAGAAGGGCAUCGAAAAAUUCCCCGACUGUCCUGAAGCCUACGUUCUUUUCGCUCAAGUUAAAACGGAAAAACAAGACUUCCAAGAGGCAGAUGAGUUGUACAAGAAAGCUCUGAAAGUCGACCCCCAAAACGCUUCGAUUUACGUGCACAAAGGUCUGCUUUUGCUGCAGUGGAAAGGAGACACGGAAAAAGCCGUGGAAUCCAUGAAAGAAGGCAUCAAAAUCGACGAUAAGUGCGAGUUUGCCUACGAGACAUUGGGAACUGUGGAAGUACAAAGGGGCAAUUUCGUUCUUGCCAUCGAUCUAUUCAACAAAGCCAUUGCUCUGGCAAGAUCCGAGCUGGAAAUGGUUCACUUAUUUUCCCUGAGGGACGCGGCAACGUCGCAAUUAAAAAUCGCGUCGCGAUUGGGCAUCGGUCCGCAACUUUUGAAAAGCGUGUCCGCGUAAAUAACAAAGAUUUGUUGUAUUGUUGGGUAGAUGUAAAAAAUAUUGAAAACAAAUCACUUGUGACUUUUAUUUGUUGUUAUUAGCAUUCCAAAUUUUAAAUAAACAUUAAUAGAA